AUGUCAACUUGCGAAAAGAAUGACCCAAGCCCUUCAAACGCACGGUAAGGGAAUAAAUAAAAAGAGAAAUUGGCGUUUUAAGGUCAAUUUAGAUGCGAAGAGAGAUAAACUGUAAAAGAAACUAGUCUUCUUCAUUCAAAGGUUCUAAGUUUUUAUCCAUUCAUUUGUUAUAAAUCAGUUUUGAAUAGUAAACAAAUGUUCUUUCAACGCUCUCGAGUGGUCACAAGAUGCAGCACAAGCGAUGCGAGGAUUCAGUCAGAUAUACUGAAAAAUUUUGUCAAUUGAAAAUUCGUGUCUAAGUUUGAUAUUUCAGUCUUUUAAAAUAUACUGUCUUUGAUUAGAUAUCGACUGCUAUUUCAGGAACUCGAUGAAAUGGACAAAAGAACACGAUGUCUUGUUGGUAAAAGAGGUUAUGCUGUUCGAACUGUGGAAAUACAAAUUAGGAAGUCGUGAAAGAGGAAAUUGCCUCGACCGAAUUGCUGAAAGCCUGAAUCAGUUACAAGAGCCAUUCUUCAAUGUGUCACAAACGUCGAUCAGAGACAGACUAAAGAUACUGGAAAAAGACUUUAAGAGGAAGGAUCGAUUCGAGCGAAAUGCAUCUGGAAUUUCGCCAGAGAAAUCAGAAAUCGAUGUAAUAAUGGAGGAUUACCUCGAGAGAAGAGAAGAACAAGAAAGAGAAUCGGAGAAAAUUUCCGAUAAAACAGCUAAAGAUAAAGCUUCCGCCGAAGAAAUGCGAAACAAAGCCAUGGAACGUCUUGGUGAGACAAAGAAAAGAGCCGGAGAUGAUCAACCGCGGAAAAAAAGAAAACAUACACCAAACGAAACGAUGGACUAUUUAAGAGAAGCAACGGAGAAGGAAUGUGAGCUGAAGAAGGAAGAACUAGAGUUUAGAAAGAAACAAGAAGAAAGGGCAUUGGCACAACAAAACCUGAUGUUUCAACAACAGCAGGAAAUGUCCAGGCAAUUUCAAGACCAGUUAAAAAAUCAACAACAGCAGUUCCAGAUGAUGUGUCAAAUGUUUAUGCAGCAACAACAACAACAAAGCCAAGCACUACUUGAACUCUUGAAAAAGGGACAUUGA